AUGGAACAUUCGUCCCCGUUGGCUGCUAUGCAGCCCCCGUCCGUCCUCUUCGGACACUGUUUUCGUUCGGAUGCCCCGACGUCCUAUCCUUCGUUUGGAUCCGUGGCCGCUCUGAGUCCCAACCGGUUCAACUUCAAAGACUUGUCCAUGAAACGGGCCCAUGGCGCCGACUACUUUAACGUGAAACCGGUCCGGGGCUCGUCGCCCACCGCGAGUUUGGCCGCCGAUUUGUCUCAGAACUUUCACAUCGACCAAAGCCCUCAGUUGGCCACGCCACGCCGGUCUUUGUUCUCGUCGAAUCUCUUUGGCAAUGGCAAUCGGAAUGAGGAGACGAUGACAACGCCUCCGUUGCCCUCGUCGUCACCCGCCCCAGCCAUGGACAUAAUGGAAAUGUCCCCCUUGCCGCAUAAGCCGCCAUUCAAUAUCACGGAAGUUGAGAUCAGCACCCCUACCUUGGACGUCUCUCCCAUGGACUCGCCCAUGGAGCCCUCUCCAUCGAGUCCGCUGCAGGAUUCUCCCUUGGUGCCGCACAAGGAUGCCCAGCAAGAGAGAAAGCGCCCAACUUUUCUACGCCCCAGCUUAGCGCGGAGCAAGGCACAGUCCUUUCAGCUCGGAAUGGCCAGACCCGCCCCAGAGAGUCAGGCGCCGCCGUUCAGAUUCCAAAGCCGAGGAACCACCAGGACGACCCUGAGCACGUCGGCUUCAUUGGAGGACAUGUUUGGCGAGUCACCCCAGCGGGAACGACCCCUGUUGCGAAACCAUUCAUCCGGCGGAUUGGCUGCAACUGGUCGGCUGCGACCCCCGUUUGGAAGCUCCGGCAGCCAUGUCCGUGGAAAUGGUUCUCCUUCCGCGGCGUCGAUUCGCAAAAGCUGCCACCCGACGAUGCGCCCCCGUAAGCAGUGCCGACGUUCGUUGAGCAUGUUUGAGCACCCGGACGAUGUGAUUCAUGAGAAAGAGGCUUCUUUAAAUUCAAAUGCACCACUCCAGUCGAUUUGGGAAAUCGACAACACUCCGAGCCUUCAGCUUCCUCACUUCAUUCCCGAGGACCAGGCCGACACAUUGCCUCGCAUCAAGAAGGACAUCUUGGUGGAACUCAUGGACGGAAAGUUCAACGACCGGUUCGACAACAUCAUGAUCAUCGACUGCCGUUUCGAGUAUGAAUACGAAGGCGGGCAUAUCAAUGGCGCACUCAACUACAACGACAAGGAGUUUUUGGCCGAACAGCUAUUCGCCAGUCCCCAGCCCCGGACGGCUCUGGUUCUGCAUUGCGAGUAUUCUGCGCAUCGGGCUCCUAUCAUGGCCAAGUACAUUCGCCACCGGGAUCGUGCCUAUAACGUCGAUCAGUACCCGCAACUCAGCUACCCGGACUUGUACAUCCUGGAAGGGGGGUACAGCGCUUUCUUUGCUGAGCAUCGUGCGCUCUGUUUCCCUCAAAACUAUGUUGAGAUGAACGCCAAGGAGCAUGAAUACGCCUGUGAGCGUGGCCUCGGGAAGGUCAAACAACGUUCGAAGCUGAGUCGAGCUCAGACCUUUGCUUUCGGUGACCAUUCGCCCCAGAUGGAGGAUAGCCCAACUGGGCGAUGCCGCAACAUGGGUGAUCGCCCGCGGUUAUUGGGAUCUCCCUUUGGCGAAAGUCCUGGAUCUGCCCGCUUUCCCGGCCGUCGCAUGCUCUCUUACUAA